AUGGAACCUUUUCUUGUAGACGACACCCGCAUCUUGGGUCAAGAUCCUCUCAUACCGCCUGCUCUACUGGUAUCCGAAGUUCCUAUGAGCGAUGCCUCCCUCAAGACUGUCGUCAAAGGCCGCAAAGAUGCGGUCGAGGUCAUCAUGGGCCAAUCUGACCGCCUCCUCGUUAUGGUGGGACCCUGCUCUCUCCACGACCCAAAGACAGCACUCGAGUACUGCGAGAGAUUGAAGGAGCAAGCUGACAAGUUGAGCGACGACUUGGUCAUCAUCAUGCGGGCCUACCUCGAGAAGCCACGGACAACAGUUGGGUGGAAGGGAUUGAUCAACGACCCAGACAUCGACGAAUCCUUCCAAAUCAACAAAGGUCUCCGCAUCAGUCGUCAAUUGUUCUGCGAUCUCACCAAUCUCGGUAUGCCAAUUGCCUCCGAAAUGCUCGACACAAUCUCUCCUCAAUUCUUAGCGGAUCUCAUCUCUCUCGGAGCCAUUGGUGCCAGAACCACCGAGUCACAGUUACACCGCGAACUCGCAUCUGGUCUGUCGUUCCCCGUCGGGUUCAAGAACGGAACUGAUGGCAGCUUGACGGUUUGCAUUGAUGCGAUUGGAGCUGCUGCUGCUAAACACCACUUCAUGGGUGUCACGAAACAUGGUCUAGCUGCCAUUACGCGCACAAGUGGAAAUGAGCAUGGUUUUGUUAUUCUCCGAGGUGGGACUAAGGGUACCAACUAUGAUGCUGAGAGUGUGAAGAUUGUCAAGGAGACAUUGGACAAGAAGAAGCAAAAGCAGGCUAUUAUGAUUGAUUGCUCUCACGGUAACUCAAACAAAGACCAUCGAAAUCAACCCAAAGUUGCCGCUGUGGUUGCGGAGCAACUUCGUGCAGGCGAGAAAUCCAUCAUUGGUGUGAUGAUCGAGUCCAAUAUCAAUGAAGGCAGUCAGAAAGUUCCUCCAGAGGGUGCAUCUGGUCUCAAGAAGGGAGUCAGUAUCACCGACGCAUGUAUCAGUUGGGAAUCCACAAUCACCGUACUUGAGGAUCUCGCUUCCGCUGUCCGCGAUCGCCGUAAGGUGACCACGAAUGGCCAUGAUACCAAAGUCAGCACACUAGAGGAGGGUACGAAUAAUUAG